CGCCCCGGCGAUAGAUCAGGUACUGAACCUCGCUUGCAAGUCUCAAUCAUCGAGAGUCCGUGCUCAAGCGGAUGUCGCGCCCGCUGGAGCUCAACUACAGCAUCUUCGGUAGGCUAUCGAAUCCGAGAGGCGGCACGGAGCCAGUAGCCCCCGCGACGGCCAUGAGUAUUCCCGAGCUUGGCUAUGCAGAUGCUCCGAGUACGGCUGGCUUCACAGGAAUGCCACCGCUGUCGAAAAGCGCCACGCGAGAACGCCCUUCAUCGAGGCCGCUCUCCAUUCUGAUCGAGGAAACUGCGGGACAAGGCUCUCAUGCAGUCUCAGAGCUUUCUGGUACCGAGAGCCGUCAAACAAUUGAGCCUGGUUGUAUAUACGAGACAAGCGAAUGCCGCUUGACCCGCUCUACAAAGACGUAUCUCGACAUGACGAGUUGCCGGGUUAAAGGCAGACUCUUGUGUGUGUGCAGGAUGAAGUACGUUGACAGCAUGUAAUAUAGGUUGUAUAUAUGUGCCUUGGCCGAUUCCUCUGCCAACAUGCUGUCUCUGUCUGUGCCAGCCUGAGCUCCAUGCAAGGCGUCGUUUGGGAGGAUGACUGUAGGAGACGAUUGAUACGCAUAGUCGUAAGGCGUGAGGUUGGCUGCGGGAC